GCUGUGCUGGGCCUUCAUUGCUGUGGGCUUUUCUCUAGUUAUGGAGAGCAAGGGGCACUCUCUAGUCGCAAUUGACGGGUUUCUCAUUGUGGUGGCUUCUUGUUGCAAAACAGAGCAUUGGUUCUAGGGUGCAAGUUCUUCCGGAGUUGCAGCUCCCAGGUUCUUGAGCAUAGGCUCAGUAGUUGAGCACAGGCUUAAGCUGCUCCACGGCAUGUGGUAUCUUCCCAGAUCAGGGACUGAACCCAUGUCUCCUGCAUUGGUAGGCAGAUUCUUUACCACUGAUCCACUAAGGAAGCCCCAGGACAUACCAUUCUCUAGCCCAGGAAAAUUUCUGUUCUGUUUCUUGAAUUUUAUCAUUUUCAUCACUAUUUUAUCACAUUGCCUGUUGUCAUAUUAUUAAACUCCUGCUAGACAGAUUGUUGUCCAUAUGGAUCCACCAUCUGGCUGCUCUUGCAUUUUUAAGAAUGUUUCUUUGUAUUUCAUGAGAUUUUUUUGAACAUGUCUAUUUUGCAGUUGUUUACAAUUUUUGGACAUUUUCUAAUUCUCUGCUCCUUUCUUCCUAGAAGCCUAGUCUGUCUUUGUGUCCUAUAUAGUUAUGUGAGCCUGUUUCUCCCCCAUACCUUUCCUCCUGGGAGAGCAGUUUGCAUUUUCUCUGUAGUUGGGGAGAUUUGGGGGUCGGGGGUGCAGGCAGGCUCCCUUCUGUGUUCUCCAAUACUUAGCUCACCCCUCCAGCCACACCUUCAGAAAUAUCUCUGAGGUCCACGGUCUGCUCUGCCUCCCUUCCCGUCCAUCACUCUUGGGAGCCCUUCCAGGGCCCACAUCUCUGAAGCCAGUUCUCCAGCUGGCAGAAGCCACCCUCUUCUGUCUGAGAGGGGAAGUGACAGAACUAGCAGCUGUCUCAAAUACCAUUGCUGAAAGAAUGACCCUAACGAUGGCCCCUUGCCUCUCCUGCCCUCUGUCUCGGUGGACUUAGCUUUGGGUUUCUUCAGAGCUCCCUUGGGAAGAGCCAUGUUUAAUUUACCUUCGGUAGUUUGUACUGCAUUGCCCUCCACUCUGGGUUCUCUGUUAAUUCACACCUGUCUCUGUCUUCCUGGAAUUGUUUCUUAAGCCCACUGGUGGCGUCCUUUCUGAUUUUAACCAUAUUCUUUCAGUCUUUAGAAAAAUCUGCGUGUGUGUACUUUAUUCCGGAAAGCUCUUAAGAAUAAUGUAUUUUUGGCCUCAUGUCUGAUGACCUAUUGUACAUUAUUUAUCAAUUUCCAUCUUAAAAAUGAGUCAUUGGACUGGAGGUUUUAAAACGGCUGCCAGUGUCACUACACAUUUUAAAAGAUGAUUCUUUUCCUACAAGGGCUGUGAUUAUUCAAGCAAGGCUAUGGAAAUCUAACUUUUCUAUAGAGAGCCAGCUAGUAUAUAUUGGGCUUAAUAGACUAAAUAUCCGUUACAACUAUUCAGCUCGGCUGCUAUAGUGUGGAAGUAGCUGCUGACAAUACACAAAUCUUAUUUACGGAUACUGAAGUUGGAGUUUUGGAUGGUUUUCACAUGUCAGGAAAUACUAUUACAAUUUCUUUUUUUCAACCAUUUAAAAAUGUAAGCAGCCAUAGGCAUCUCAUACAGGGCACUGGGAGAUGUAUGUGGACCUCUGACUCACAGGAAAGAAUAGCAGAGUACUCCUCAGCUCCGUAUUUCAUUCAUAGCCGUGAACCCAGAGCUCCUGGGAGCGUUAGCGAUGGGCACCAGGUAGUGACACAAACCUGAUCGUCUCAGUUGGUGGAGAGCGGCUGUCACGCCAGGUUCUUUGUUUCUGCCUUUUCAGUUUUCUAGCAUUUUGCUGGAAGAGUCUGGCUUGUGCAAAUGCUUGGCCAGCCCACUCAUAAUCAACCACCAAUUUUCACACGCUAACCUAAGUAUUUAUUGUGGAGGGAUUUUUCUUUGCCUAGCCAUAUUUUCGAGAUGAAUCUGGCAUGACUGAAGGACAGCUCCGCUUUGUCCAGAACACACUUGGAUAUUCUUGUGUCUGACUGCUGCCUAGCAAAGAAAGGUCACUGGGAUUGUCACUGUGUCUAGGAGCUUGUAUUUAUAGACCUGCUAGGUUGGGAGACAUGACCUUCACUUGAUAUCUCUAGUAAUGCCAUGUGCCAGUAAAGCGGGUCAUUACACCGCUUUGUACACCUUGUGCUGUGCCAGUGUGCACGCCCUGACGGCGGUGACUUGGGCAGAGGGAUGAGGUGAAAUUGGACCUUUGUUAAUUGCCACGCGUGCCCCUGGCGCAGCUCCAUCCAGUCAUCCUGACUGGGUCGGCACCGUCAGAGACAAGCAGUGGUCCAAGGUGCAGGCAGCCCUCUCCAGGGCCAGAUCCUUUGCCAACUGUGCAGUCAGUCACCAUGUUUAUAAAAUGGGGAAUACAGUACCUGCUUUGCUGGAUUGUUGGAAAGAUAAGUGUCGUACAUGCUUGGCUCUCAAAUGUUAAUAGCUGCUCUUUAAUCCCAGAAAGAAAAGUAACAAAAUAGCUGCCAUUUAGAAUGUACUAGGUAUAUAUAGCUCCUUUAACUCUCUUAACCCUCACAGUAACACAGUGAAGUAGGUCAUGGUGAUCCCCAGAUGAAGAAACAGAGCCACAGAGAUAACUUGUUCAGGAUCUGACUAGUGAAGAGAAGCCAUGAUUUCUGGAAACCAGUUGACCUACCUUGAGUCCAUAAACAAGGCAGAUAUAGUCUCUAUCCUCAUGGAACUAAUGAGUGAAGAACAGGGGUUGUAAUUUAAAUAUUAAGGGUGACUUAAGGUUCUUACUCCUGGCUCAGAGGGUAAAGCGUCUGCCUGCAAUGCUGGAGACCCGAGUUUGAUCCCUGGGUCGGGAAGAUCCCCUGGAGAAGGAAAUGGCAACCCACUCCAGUAUUCUUGUCUGGAAAAUCCCAUGGAUGGAGGAACCUGGUAGGCUACAGCCCACGGGGUUGCAAAGAGUUGGACACGACUGAGCGACUUCACUUUGACUUUUCAAGUACCAGAAGAAGGCUAUAUGUAAGAAAAAGGGAGCCACUGGAACUUGAUCCAUGAAGCUGUAAGCCAUGGGGACUGUAAAUCUUUAUUGAUUUAUUAAUUAAGUAUUAAAUAUAUUGCAUACCCAACAUCCAAGCUGUUUUAGGUCGAUGGUUGUCUUGUGAAUAUUUUGAAGGUGGCCACAUUUAUUCAGGAGCCUUCAGGGGACCAGUGAAAAUUAGCUGCUGAGUUAGUUUUCUAACCUUUCUGAGGUGAUUCAGCACAGUGGCCAGUGGGUGGCAGCACAGGCUUGCUGUUCCAACGAUGCCUUCCUGUGACGUCUGUCCUUCAGGGUUUGGUGUGCUUUUCUCUUCGAGGUUUCCUUGGGCCCCGAGGUUGGUCAACUCCAGCAGUUUCUCAGUGUAUCCCAUGGGAAACGGCACGAGCAGGCUCUACAGUGCUCUCGCCAAGACGCUCAACAGCAGCGCGGCGUCCCAGCACCCAGAGUACCUGGUGGCCCCUGACCCAGAGCACCUGGAGCCGAUCGACCCCAAAGAGCUCCUGGAGGAAUGCAGGGCUGUCCUGCACACCCGGCCCCCACGGUUCCAGAGGGACUUUGUGGCUCUGCCAGCCGAUGGCCCCAGUAGCCACCCUCCCAUUAGGGUCAUGCAGUGGAACAUCCUUGCUCAAGCUCUUGGAGAAGGCAAAGACAACUUUGUCCAGUGCCCUAUCGAAGCCCUCAAGUGGGAAGAAAGGAAAUGUCUGAUCCUGGAGGAGAUCCUCGCCUACCAGCCCGAUAUCCUGUGCCUCCAAGAGGUGGACCACUACUUUGACACCUUCCAGCCCCUCCUCAGUAGACUGGGCUAUCAGGGCACCUUCUUCCCCAAGCCCUGGUCGCCCUGUCUGGAUGUGGAGCACAACAAUGGACCCGACGGCUGUGCCUUGUUCUUCCUCCAAAACCGAUUCAAGCUGGUCAACAGUGCCAACAUCCGGCUGACGGCCAUGACACUGAAAACCAACCAGGUGGCCAUUGCCCAGACCCUGGAGUGCAAGGAGUCCAGCCGCCAGUUCUGCAUCGCCGUCACCCACCUGAAGGCACGCACCGGCUGGGAGCGGUUUCGAUCAGCUCAAGGCUGCGACCUUCUCCAAAACCUGCAGACCAUCACCCAGGGGGCCAAGAUUCCCCUGAUUGUUUGUGGAGACUUCAACGCAGAGCCCACAGAGGAGGUCUACAAGCACUUUGCUUCCUCCAGCCUCAAUCUGAACAGCGCCUACAAGCUGCUGAGCGCUGACGGGCAGUCGGAACCUCCGUACACGACCUGGAAGAUCCGGACCUCAGGCGAGUGCCGGCACACGCUGGAUUAUAUCUGGUACUCCAGGCAGGCGCUCAGCGUGCGGUCAGCCCUGGACCUGCUCACCGAGGAGCAGAUUGGACCCAACCGGCUACCUUCCUUCAAUUACCCUUCAGACCACCUGUCCCUAGUGUGUGACUUCAGCUUUAACGAGGAACCUUGAUGGAUAUUUAUAAACGCUUGUCUGUGUCUUUUUAAUCGCAGAAGUCUUAACCAGGGAUGUUUCAGGAAACUGAAAUAGAAUAAGUUGACUGAGGAAGGGGUCCCAGUUUCUCUCACUUCUUUGUUUCCAGCAUGCCCUUGGGAAGGAACCCCGUUAGCUCACAUUUAAAACCUUUUCCAUUAAAACCUACAGCAAAAAAGGUUUUUGCACUCCAGUAUUGCUUUGCAUUGUUUUCUUUCCCUUAGGAUUAAUUACAUGUUGAUCAUUUAAGGGCAUUAUAUUAGGAUUGUUUUGAAGCUUUUUCUGUUAGUCAUAUUAAAAUAGUAGACUUGCUUGAGUCUCCCAUAAUUAACAAGUAUGCAGGAACAGUUUCUCUAGACAUUUCAAGUUAUUUAUGUGUUUUUUAAUAUCAAGUUAUGCAUGGCAAUAUUUAUUUUUUAUAUAUUCAUGUAAAAUUAAGUAAAUUAUAACAUGAACAUGUUAAAACCAUGCAAAACAUAAGUUAUAGAGUAAUUUAUAGUAAUUUUCUUAAAGCUUUAAAGAUGUUUUUAUUGGAAUCUAAUAAAAUAAUAGUGUACACAAAGGAACUAUUUAGUCUUGAGGGGUUUUUGUUAUUUAAGUGGAGAUACCAGUUCUCCAUGAUCUGUUCUUCAUAAAUCUUUGCUAUGCCUCUGUGUUCUCCUUUAUUGUGUUUCUUGAAGAGAUUCCAUGGCUAGUCUUGAUUAUUUAGUCACUGUUACACAUUUCCGGUAUUCCCUUGGAGUGCUCUUGGUGUUCAUUUGCAGUCACUCUGCCGUUAUUUGUAUUGAAUGUGCUUUGCACGGUAGAUAUAUUUAGGAGCUGUUAUGUGGUAGUGGCUAAAGACAGUAGGACCUUCUUUUUAGCGAUGGGAAACUUCCUGGUCUGUUCAUGACGCUGUGGUUGAGAUUUACUAAGAUAGCCAGGUAACUGGUUUUAAAAGAUCUAGAAAGCAGAAUAUAAAAAGUUAACCUGAAAUUCUCUUCGCUCAGAAAUAAAGUGGUAAAGAUAAAAGGUGAAACUCCUUCCUAAUGAAAUCCCAGAAAACAGCCCACUGGUAAUAAUAUAUUUUAACCCAUGAGUUGUAAAUAUUUAAGAUUAAUAAAUAGUCUUUUAAAGCUA